CGAGCUAGUGCUGUUAGCUCGGUCUGCUGCUACGAAAACAGAAAGACAUUACGGCCUUUUUUUAACGUGUCGCGCUUAAAUAUUCCAGUUUUUGUAACGAAGCAGCGAUGUCUUCGCUUCGGUGUUUGAGAGAGUUGAUUAGCGAGCGACUAACUGCUGCCGCUGAAGAGAUAUUCACACACGUAGAGAAUAUAAUUGUCGAGUACAAGGAAGAGGUGGAUCGUCAGCGAAAACUGUUGGAGAUCGUUAGUAAACCUCGAGUGAGGUUACAGCGGAUAGAGCCUCCACGGCAGCACGUCUAUAAUGAGGAGGAGGUUCUCACUGAGCAGCAGCUCUGGAACGAGGAGUGGAACUUCAGUCUGGACCAAGAGGAACCUGAGUCUCUACAGAUUAAAGAGGAAAUGGAGGAAAUCUGCACCAGUCAGGAGCAGGAGCAGCUUAAACUGAAGGAGGAGGCUGAUAACUUUAUGUUGAGUCCUGAUUAUCAAGAAAAUGAUCACAUGGAACCAGAACCAGACACUGACCACCAGCUCCUCUCUCCUGUAGCUGAGAGUCAAGAUCAGACAGUCCACAUGAGAAAAAAUACAGAGCCUCCACAGCAGCACGUCUAUAAUGAGGAGGAGGUUCUCACUGAGCAGCAGCUCUGGAACGAGGAGUGGAACUCCAGUCUGGACCAAGAGGAACCCGAGUCUCUACAGAUUAAAGAGGAAGUGGAGGAAAUCUGCACCAGUCAGGAGCAGGAGCAGCUUAAACUGAAGGAGGAGGCUGAUAACUUUAUGUUGAUUCCUGAUUAUCAAGAAAAUGAUCACAUGGAACCAGAACCAGACACUGACCACCAGCUCCUCUCUCCUGUAGCUGAGAGUCAAGAUCAGACAGUCGACAUGAGAACAAAUACAGAGCUUCCACAGCAGUUCAUCUGUAAGGAGGAGGAUGUUCUCACUGAGCAGCAGCUCUGUAACCAGGAGAGCAACUCCAGUCUUGACCAAGAGGAACCAGAGCCUCUACAGAUUAAAGAGGAAGAGGAGGAAAUCUGCACCACUCAGGAGCAGGAGCAGCUUGUAAAGGAGGAGAUUGAUACCUUCAUAGUGAGUUUUGAUGAUGAGGAAGGUGAUCACAUGGAACCAGAACCAGACACUGACCACCAGCUCCUCUCUCCUGUAGCUGAGAGUCAAGAUCCGACUGGAGACAAACCUGAGGACUUGGGAUCCAUGACAAUGAUGAGUCAGAAUAAUGAACAAACUGAUCACAUGUCAAACACAGAUUCUAACACUAACACAGGUCAAGUCAAGUCCAAAAAAUGUGACACGUGCGGAAGAAUGUUUUUAUAUCUGAGCCAGUUAACGAUACACCAGAGGAUCCACACAGGAGAGAAGCCAUAUUUAUGCAAAAUGUGUAGGAAAGCUUUUAUGACCAUUUCUGCGUUGAGACGGCAUAUGAAAACUCACACACACGAGAGGCCACACCCCUGCGAAAUAUGUGGGAAAACCUUUACACGUAGCAGCGCCCGGAAUAACCACAUGAGAACCCACACAGGUGAAAGGCCGUAUUCAUGUGAAACCUGCGGCAAAGGAUUUAGUGACAUUUCAUCGCUCAAUAAGCAUUUGAGAUUGCACACAGGCGAAAAGCCGUAUGCUUGUGAGACAUGUGGGAAAUGCUUUGUAUCCAGCGGCGAUUUGAGAAUCCAUGUCAGAACGCACACGGGCGAGAAGCCAUAUUCAUGUCAAAUAUGUGGCAAGUGUUUCAUGGGCAACGGUGAUCUGAAAGUCCACAUCAGAACGCACACGGGAGAGAAACCGUACUGUUGCGGCACCUGCGAGAAAAGAUUUAAUAACUCGUCAGCUUUAAAGAAGCAUACGAGAGUGCACACGGGAGAAAGGCCCUAUUCCUGCGAAGUUUGUGGGAAGAACUUUGUGCGCAGUUGUGUCCUAAAAGUUCACAUGAGACUUCACACGGGAGAGAAACCGUAUUCUUGCUUGAUAUGUGGGAAAGGUUUUGUGAGCAGUAGUCCCUUGAAGAUUCACAUAAGAACUCACACGGGUGAGAAGCCUUUUUCCUGCAACACCUGUGGGAAGAGAUUCCACAAGUCAUCUAGUAUGAAAAGUCAUCUCCGAGUUCACACAGGUUAAAUGUCGUGCGCUAUUGUAUACGUCAUGACUGUCAUGAGUUUAAUCCCAAGUGUAACCAGGUUUUUGACCAGUCAGAAUAUGAUAAAUCAGCAUGAAUCAUCGGGAUUAUCAGGAACCCAAGACCUGGGUCAAUAUGGCGUUUUCUUCCUUGUGUGCCUCAGGCCACGUGGAAAUGGAACGAAGCGUAAACAACAUUCUUUGUUGUUUUUGAAAAAGUUUUUCCCAUAAACACGGCAACCUUUCAGGAAACGUCCACACAAAACCCCUCCCGAAACGCUGUUGUACAUACAGUUGUGCUCAUACCCUGGGAGAAUUUCAUGAUUUCUUUGCCAUUCUUCAGAGAAUAUGAAUGAUAACACAAAAACCGUUCUUCCACUCGUGGUUAAUGGUUGGGUGAAGCUAUUUAUUGGCAAACAACUGUGUUUACUCUUUUUAAAUCAAAAUGACAAAAGAAAGUACCCAAAUGACCCUGAUCAAAAGUUUACAUCCCCCAGUUGUUAAUAACGUGUAUUGCCCCCUUUAACAUCAAUGACAGCUUGAAGUCUUUUGUUGUAGUUGUGGAUGAGGUUCUUUUAUUUUCUCAGAUAGCAAAGCUGCCCAUUCUUCUUGGCAAAAAGCCUCCAGUUCGUGUAAGUUCUUGGGCUGUCUUGCAUGAACUGCAAGUUUGAGAUCUGCCCAGAGUGGCUCAAUGAUAUUGAGGUCAGGAGAUUGAGAUGGCCACUCCAGAACCUUCACUUUGUUCUGCUGUAGCCAAUGACAGGUCGACUUGGCCUUGUGUUUCCGGGCUGAUGAGUGCAAAUUUUCCUCCAGUAUUUUCUGAUAACAUGCUGCAUUCAUCUUGCCAUCAAUUUUGGCCAAGUUUCCUGUGCCUUUGUAGCUCACACGUCCCCAAAACAUCAGUGAUCCACCUCCGUGUUCCACAGAAGGAAUGGUGUUCCUUUCAUCAUAGGCUUUGUUGACUCCUCUCCAAAUGGAACGUUUAUGGUUGUGGCCAAAAAGUAAAAUUUUGGUCUCAUCACUCCAAAUUACUUUGUUCCAGAAGUUUUGAGGCUUGUCUCUGUGCUGUUUGGCGUAAUGUAAGCGGGAUACUUUGUGACAUUUGCCCAGAAAUGGCUUUCUUCUGGCGACUCGACCAUGCAGCCCAUUUUUCUUCAAGUGCCUCCUUAUUGUGCGUCUUGAAACAGCCACACUACAAUUUUUCAGAGAGUCCUGUAUUAAAGUUGAAGUUAUUUGUGGAUUUUUCUUUGCAUCUCGAACAAUUUUCCUGGCAGUUGUGGCUGAAAUCUUUGCUGGUCUACCUGACCGUGGUUUGGUUUCCCUCAUUUUCCACUUCUUAAUCAGCGUUUGAACACUGCUGAUUGGCAUGCUCAAUUCCUUGGAUAUCUUUGUAUACCCCUUUCCUGUUUUAUACAGUUCAAUUACCUUUUCUCGCAGAUCCUUUGACAAUCCUUUUGCUUUCCCUGUGACUCAGAAUCCAGAAACAUCUGUGCAGCACUGGAUGAAAGAUGCAAUGGUCUGUCAGAAGCCCAGAAACUCACUGACCUUUUAUACACACACACUAAUUACAAACAAACAGGCCACAGGUGAGGAUUGAUUAGCCAUUCAAACCUGUUUGUGUCAACUUUUGUGCAUGUUGUCAGGUCAAAGUCACUGGGGUAUGUAAACUUUUGAUCAGGGUCAUUUGGGUACUUUCUUUUGUCAUUUAGAUUUAAAAAGAGAAAACACAGUUGUUUGCCAAUAAACAGCUUCACACAACCAUUAA